GGGUGGAGGUGGAGUCUGUAGGUGGGGAGGGAGAAGAAAGGGGAGAGGAGGAAAACGGGGAAAGGCAGAUACAAGAGGAACGGGGGGAGGACGGUGGAUGAUAUACGCUUCAAAAGUUGCAUUACAACAAACUGAAGAGUUGUGGCGAAGAGUAAUAAAGCAAGAUGAUAACGCCGUACUUCCUAGAGAAUUUCUGGGGGGAAAAAAAUAAUGGCUUUGAUGUGCUCUACCAUAACAUGAAGCAUGGCCAAAUUUCCACUAAGGAGCUGACAGACUUCAUCAGAGAAAGGAGUACUAUUGAGGAGGCCUAUGCCAGGUCAAUGACCAAACUUGCCAAGUCAGCUGGCAACUUUUCUCAGCUUGGGACAUUUGCUCCGAUGUGGGACGUGUUUAAAGGUUCAACAGAGAAGCUGGCCAGUUGUCACAUGGAACUUGUGAGGAAACUACAGGAACUUAUAAAAGAGGUUCAGAAAUAUGUGGAAGAGCAGUCCAAAGCACACAAAAAGACAAAAGAAGAGGUGGCGUCUACCCUUGAGGCCGUUCAGAACAUCCAGAGCAUCUUCCAGGCUCUGCAGAAGUCCAAGGAGAACUAUAAUGCCAAAAUUGUGGAGCAGGAACGCCUCCGCAAGGAGGGGGCCACCCAGAGAGAUGUAGACAAGGCUGGAGUGAAAGCCAAAAAAGCCACAGAGACCUACAAAUCAUACGUGGAGAAAUAUGCAACAGCUAAGUCUGAGUUUGAACAGAAGAUGACAGAAACUGCACAGAAAUUCCAAGACAUCGAAGAAAACCACAUUCUCCACAUGAAGGAGAUCAUUCAGUCGUACUCGUUGUAUGUGGAUGAAACACACAUUCAGAUAGGAGAGGUCCACCAUGAAUUUGUGAGGAACAUCGAGAACACAUCAGUUGAGAGCUUAAUCCAGAAACUGGCUGAAAGCAAAGGAACGGGCAAAGAGAGACCAGGACCCAUUGAGUUUGAGGAGUGCAAUGUAGCUAUUGCUGCUGAAGGAGCCAAACCCAGAAGAAGAAAACUAUUGAUCCCAGGUCGGAGGAAAGACAAGGACACAGACUCUACGGAGUCGACAGAAGUCGAGGCUGCUAACACCGCCAAUGGUGCGCCGCCUGGAUACUUUGCAGACAUCCAGAAUGCUAAUGUUCCUCAAGUUGAUGAAGAGGGUUUCUGCAUCAGACCAGAAGUUAAUGAAAACGAUGCCAAAGAGAAUUCCUUCUACUCGUCCAGCGACUCGGAGGACGAAGACGAACCCAGGAAGUUCCACGUGCAGAUCAAGCCCGUUCAGCCAAACAAUGGCGUUCAUCAGAACCAAGCCAACAUUGAUGAGCUCAAGGCCUCCAUUGGAAACAUCAUCCUGUCGCCUUCAACCUCGGGACAGAUGCGGAGGAACCAGUCCAGUGAUGAGCUAGGAAAACCCAGAGUGCCAACAUCAUUCGAGUAUAAUGUUAUUCUUUACAUUUUUCUUUUAAAUGACUUGCUUUAUUGUUGGCUUGAUUAUUUCCACCUGUUCUUGUCAGACCUUGCCUCUAUCUUCUUUUCAAACCCUCCAUCUCCACCUUUUCUGGUGAAUGACUCAGACUCAGAUGUCUUUCUGCCAGAGACAUCAGCUGAGACAGUGCCACAACGGGAGCGCUACCCUCCCUUGGCAGAGAGCCAGCAGUCCAAAGAUGUUUACUCUUUCUCGUCAUCUACGUCCUCUCCCUGGGAUUCACCAGAAAACCCUUUUCAAGCACUUAAGCCCGUACCGGCGAGGGCCCAGAGCGCCCCCAUCACCCGGCCAACUGAGCCAGUCGACCCCAUCAAAAACUCAGACACACCCAGCCCUCCAAAGAGCGCAGACACCUUCUCCUCUGUUUCCUGGGCUCAGAGCCAGUGGAUUGCCUUCAGUGAUAAUUUUGCUCCACCUCGCUGUCUGGGCUCUGGGUCAUCUGUGAAGGAGCUUCAAAAACCACAGUCAGGUUCCAGUAGGUCAGGUCACUUCCUGUCCGAUGAGUCUGCUGAUGCCUUCUACAAAGCAGCGAGCAGCCGAGAUGACAGCAGCCUCUCUUUCACUGAUGUCUUCUCUGGGAUUACAGAUAGGGCUGCAGCUCCAACAAGCAAAAUAUUCAAUGUGCCAGUACUAAACCGACCUACAACCCCUCUGGCACCUGGAGCCUUGGUGCCUCCUCCACGACCCUCCUCCAGGCCCAAACUCCCGGCUGGAAAACUCACAGGAAUCAAUGAAAUUGUAAGGCCAUUCAGUCCACCUAAAGCAUCUAGCCCUACUCCGACUGCACCCCUCGCCCGGGCAGAGAGCUCUUCCUCUUUGUCCUCCAACGCCUCACUCAGUGCUGGCAACACCCCCACUGUUGUACAGUGUACACUGUCAUCCCCCCACCCCCGCCCUCGCUUUCCUUCAUUCACUCCUCUCCUUACAGGAGCUGAGCACACCUUUGCUCUCCCCCUCUCCUCCCCAGAGCCAGAGUUGCUCUCCCUCUCUCCUUUCUUUCCACUAAACCAAAAGGAUGAUAUGUUCAUAGCGAAGCUGCCUACAUUUGAGAAGCGGUGCGAAACUCCAGCAGGGACGUCUCGCGGUCCCAGCCCUGUGACCCUGGCAUCCCAAGAUGCUUUGCCCAUUGCUGUGGCCUUCACAGAAUCGGUUAAUGCUUACUUCAAAGGAGCUGAUCCCACUAAGUGCAUUGUGAAGAUCACUGGAGACAUGACACUGUCGUUUCCAAUGGGCAUCAUCAAGGUGUUCACUACCAACCCCUCCCCAGCCGUCCUCACCUUCAAGCUGAAGAACACCAGCAGGCUGGAGCAGAUCCUACCCAACCAACAGUUGUUAUACAGUGAUCCUUCUCAAAGUGACUCAGAUUCCAAGGAUUUCUGGUUCAACAUGCAAGCACUGACGUCCUACCUCAGAAAAGCCUCAGAACAGAGUCCUUCAGCUUCCUACUAUAAUGUAGACAUCCUGAAAUACCAGGUGAUGUCUGAUGGGAUCCAUUCCACCCCGCUAAACCUGGCCGUAUACUGGAAAUGUACAGCAAGUACAACGGACCUGCGGAUAGACUACCGCUACAACCCAGAGUCCAUGGACUCACCCAGUCCACUCACCAACGUACAGAUCUUAGUGCCUGUUGAUGGAGGAGUCACCAACAUGCAGUCUCUGCCUAACUCCAUAUGGAAUUCAGAGCAGAGUAAGUGUCUGUGGAGGCUGACUGACAUCUCAGAAAAGUCUGAAAACGAUGGUGCCGGGUCCCUGAGGGCCAAGUUUGAACUGUCAAAUGGCCCAUCGCACCCCUCCACUCUGGCAGUGCAGUUUAUGAAUGAGGGGAGCACCCUGUCAGGAGUGGACAUGGAGCUGCAGGGGGCCGGAUACAGACUUUCCCUCAGCAAGAAGAGAUUUGCCACAGGGCGUUAUAUGGCAGAUUGCUGAGGUCACCCAUCAUCGCGGUCGCCAAGAAACCCAAGAGCAAAACCUGCCGACUCACUCGCAAAGGCCCCCUGAACCUCUGGAUCACCUCCUGUCACACCCAGGAAGCGAGACUCUCACUACAAAACUAAACAGCACUGAGUAUUGAACACUGUUAAAAAGAAAAGAAAACUAAGAUGAGAUUUCAGGAAAUGUGUAGAUAAGUCUAAUAAUGCUUUCCGAUCAAAUCCUUUUUUGUAUAGUCAGAAACAGUUUAUGGCUCUAUGUUGUAUUUGAAAUCAUAAAAAACAGAAAAAAAGUGCACUAACAACCUUUCAGAUGCUCUUUUUGCUCUUAUAUAUAAUUUCCAAGAACCUGUAAGGAAUAUAAAAGAAAACAAUUUCUCUCUUUCUCUGUCCAAACUGUAAAUAAUAAUUCUUCUGCUCGACCACCUUUGACUCGGCUCACAAAUCAGCUUCUUCACUUUCACUUUUUUUUUUUUUUAACUGGUGCAAUGAAGGUAAAAUCUGAACUCGCAGACUUGCAGCACAGGCUUAAUCUUUAUAAAAUAUUUUGCUUUCGGAAAAUGCAAAAAAAAGAGAAGCAAAACCAAUAAUGAUCUGACCUCAGUGCCUCCUCUUAUACUGUGGAACAACAGGCAAAAAAAUUCUGUUAGUGUUUGGGGUUUGAAGCUGCAUUUCUCUGUGGUUGAAUGCCACAGAGUCCUUUUGAACAAUACCCUUAUCGCUGUCAGUGUGCUUAUUUAAAAAAAAUUGAACAUUUUACUUUGUAAACCCCCCUUUUAGUCAUGCCUUGUGUUUUUUUAAGCCUUUUAAUUGACUGUAAAACAUUGUGUCAAAAGUCAUAUGUUUUAUCUAUCUAUCUAUCUAUAUAUAUAGAUAGAUAUAGAAAAGAAUCAAGGGACAUUUCUCUAAAUUGAAGUUGGCAGCUUUUGUAAGAGCUGCCAGUGAUUUAUUUUUAACAUACUUCUGUGUUAAUGUUGAAAUGUGCCUGAAUCUAACUUUUAUCUGUUCCUUUUUGUAUGCUACAGCACAGCCAUUGAGAAAAGCACCAACAACGUGCCAUUUGUGUCUUUGUUUGUUUUUUUUACUCUUUUAUUUGGAUAUCGAAGGGAAAACGUCUCCGCUUUGUAACGUGUCUUCCAGAAACGAAUGAUCAUUUGGACUGAGUUUAAUCAUUGUACUCUUUUAUCAAUUUUUAGCCUUUGAAGCUCAUCCGAUCUCUUACUCUCGCCACACAGCAGACGAUGUUGGUGAAAAGUAGCACCUUGAGGCCAAAUUAAUGAUUGAAAUGCCUUAUCAUGAUUACUUAAUACCAAGUAAUCUAGUGAUACUGUCACACAGCACUGCCGUUGCCUCUGUCGCACAUCACUGGCCUGUCCUGCUUCUCACCCAGAGUAAGCUGGGGGAAAAGUACAGCGUCUUGUAGCUGUGAACAACACGUGGAUGUGUGGGGAAAUGGCCACAACUGACACUCGGUGCUUCAUUCUUGUCUUUUACUAAUGGAGGGAUAGUGCUGUAGAGGCUGUUUUACUUCUUAACUGAAUAUUUUGCCCUUUGUUCUUCUUGUUUUUUCCCCUCCCCUGUCGACUUCAUCCUUGGCAUGGUCCUGAAAUUGGUUAAUGUGUUGGAAUGUGAUAUGUUUGGAGGAAUGAAUGAUAAGUUGCCUGAAAGCUGUGAUUGAAAAUUGUUGAAACCUUUAAUGAGAGGAGUUUGACACACUGUGCAACACGUGGCCAGCUGACCUCUCAGAUACAACUGUGUCCUCAGUGCUAAGGAACCGGCUUCAUUGUAGAUUUUGACUGGUUUACAGGUGUUUUAGGCUCAUGAUGAUACUUGAUUUAAGUGUCUUGCUUGAAAACUUGUAGAAAUAGAAGGAUUAUUUUAUUUCAGUCAUCAUAUCUGGCCAGGGUGAUUCAUGUAAUCAUCUUUUUUUUUUUUAGUUUUGACUCUUAAUGCCUUUAAGAUUAACUUCCUAAAUAGAUUAGGAAAACUCAUUUAAGUGUUUGUAGAAAUACAUUUUGUACCUGACUCUUUAAUAAGCCAAAUAUUUUGAAGGCAUUUGAAAUGAGUUUACACAAAGUCCUGGAAUUGUACUAUCGCGUGUCACACUGUGUUCCCUCUGAAUUAGUUGUAUCAUUGGUUUAAAAAAAAAAAAGAGUAGGGAGAUUCUGCAUUCAGUGUCAGCAAGCUGGUUCUUGCUGUCCCUACAACACUCAAAUUGUACCCCCCAAAGCUCCUUUUAUGGUCACUUUCCACUCUUUUUCUUUAUUUGUUGUAUCAGACAGAGUUUAAAAAGAGCAAGAUUGUGUAAAUGAUUCUCAUAUGUUUUUACCAAUAUUUCUGCCACUUUUUGUCUCUAUUUUAUGAUUUCUUAUUGUGCCUGUAUUAAAUGUAUAAUAUAUGAACAUAUACAAAUAUAUGAAAAUGACUACUUUAAA